AUGGAGUGCCGGCCGGCCGCCCCGGGGCCCUACCGCGCCACCAAGCUGUGGAAUGAAAUUACAAAAUAUUUCCGAGCAGGGAUGCCAUUAAGGAAACACAGGCAGCAUUUCAAGAAACACGGAAACUGUUUCACUGCGUCGGAAGCUGUAGACUGGCUCCAUGAAGUAUUAAGGAGUAACAGUAACUUUGGUCCUGAAGUCACCAGGCACCAGACUGUUCAGUUAUUAAGAAAGUUUCUCAAGAAUCAUGUAAUUGAAGAUAUCAAAGGGAGGUGGGGCUCUGAAAAUUUAGAAGACAAUGGUGCAUUAUACAGAUUUCCUUCAACAUCUCCAGUUAAACCCUUACCAAGCUCAUGUCUACCAAAAGAGAACUUGGAAAACUUCUCUCGAGACAAAGAAAGACUUUUUAAGCUGCCACAUUUAUCCCGGAGAACUGUUAAAAACCAUGAGAUACUACAGCCGUUGGAAAAUUUAGAAAAAACAAACCCAGACGUAAUAGAGGAAAACAAGGAAGACACACAUGAAAGGAAGGAAAUAAGCCAGGAAUAUGUGCAAGAAACUUGGAGAAAUAUCAUUCUAAUACAUUUGCAAACCAUUUUAGGUCUCCUAUCUUUGGAAGAAGUUUUGCAGCCAGCACAGAUAGUUCCUGAGUAUGUCAUUUACAACAUGACUAACACCAGCAAACAUGGUGUUGUGAUUUUGCAGAACAAAUCAGAAGACCUCCCUCACUGGGUGUUGUCAGCUAUGAAAUGCCUGGCAUACUGGCCUAGAAAUAAUGACAUGAGCCAACCAACAUACAGUGGGUUUGAACGUGAUGUGUUCAGAACGGUUGCUGAUUACUUUCUCAAUCUUCCUGAACCGUUACUUACUUUUGAAUACUAUGAACUUUUUGUUAAUAUUUUAGAUCUCCUGCAGCCUCAUUUAGAAAGAAUUGCUGUUGAAGCACUACAGAUAUGCUGUUUGCUGCUUCCACCACCGAAUCGCAGAAAGAUUCAGCUCCUGAUGCGAAUGAUCUCUCGGAUCAGUGAAAACGUUGAUAUGCCACGGCUGCAUGACGCAAUGGGAACCCGCUCUUUGAUGAUACAGACGUUUUCUCGGUGCGUGCUGUGCUGUUCAGAAGAAGUCGAUCUUGACGAGCUGCUUUCUACGCGAUUGGUUUCAUUUCUAAUGGACCAUCAACAAGAAAUAUUUAAAGUACCAACUUACCUGCAGGUCGCAGUGCGAGAUCACAUAGAGUAUGUGAAGAUGACUCAGUGUAAAUAUCCAAAGGAAGAAAUCUGUGCCAUCUUGCCAACAUAUUCAUACUGCAAACAAAUAACUCCUCAGGAGUUUGAAGAACAAAAGGUUUCUACCUCUCAAGCUGCAGUGGCAGAGCUCUUGGAGAACAUUAUCAAAGAUAAAAACCUGUCUGUGAAAGACAAAAAGAGAAAAUUAAAACAGUUUCAGAAGGAAUACCCUCUCAUCUACCAGAACAGAUUUCCAACUACGGAAAACGAAGCGAUGCUAUUUGAGAACAAACCUACCAUCAAACAGCCAAUGCUUAGUCUAAGAAAACCAAGAUUUCGUAGCCUAAGAUACUAA